CUGCAGUCACUAUAACAUCGUAGCUUUAGGCUACUAAAAUUAUUUACUAUUUUGUUAUUAAUAAUUAUUGUAAGUUUUUUUCGUUCAUUCGCUUUUGCUUUUCGUCGUCUCGUUUUUUAUACAGUACCAGCGGUUUGUCGACUAUCGGUUUAUGCAUUCAUUCCGUUCGGAUUUAUUUGGACUGAUUGUUUACAGUUUUUUUCGAUCAUCGUAGAUUGCAGGUAAGAAUUAUUUUAAACAGUUUAUUAUUUUGUUCGAGUUGGGUAGUUUGUUUUUGUUUUACGCUAUUUUAACUGUGUCCGUCAUUAUAUCUAUUCAUGUUUAUACUUUUUCUUAAAUGAUCCAUUGUUGUUAAUUGCACUGUUUUAAUUUAAUUAAGUAGGUAUAUUAUUUUUGGUCUUGUCAUUAACUUAUAGGUACUCAACAGGUAUCUACUGAGUUGCCACCAAUGACUACAAUAGUUAGGUAUUAAUAAUAAUACCAUUUCUUUUUUUAUUUAGUAGGUGCUAAAAUAUUAAAAUAUCUAUAUUAAUAUAUAUAUAUAUAUUUGGUAGAAGAUUACUGUUUCUUCGAGAUGUUUAUCCUGCCUUUAUCUAUUAAUAUUUUCUAUAUUACAUUUAAUAUUUUGUUGUGUAAAUCAGUUUAAACUAUUACCAGUUUAUCCACCAUUUGUUGUUGGAGUAACUGUCUGUAUGUAAGAUUUACCAAAAUAAAUCUCAAUAAAAAUUUUACAAAUUGAACAAAUGUUCAUGUUUCUAAUACUUGUUUUUAUUUGGUCGGUUUGAUAUAGGUACUAAUGUGAUAAAUUGUCUUGUCUCCCUUCUUAUUUAAAUUCGUCAUUAGGACCAUCCUGAAUUACACUGUUGCCUUCAGUUUUAUAUAUCCGAUGCUUGUAUUCUUUAGUUUAAACCUGCUAAUGUUUCCACAUCAUUCCUUAUUAUGCCCUCCCAUCUCAGACUUGGUUUUCCCAGCGGUCUUUUCCAGUAGAAUUUUUUUCUAGUACUACGCGUAUAAGUGGGUUUUGGCUACGCCAAGUAUGCCUAGCCCAUUGUAAUCAUUUAUUUCUUACCGUUUCCUGUAUAUUGGGUCCAUGGAAGAGCGUUCCUAAUUAAUUGUUUUUCUUUAUCCUAUACUCACCACUUAGUAUGCUAUUUACAGGUUCAAAAAUCGUUCGUAAUAUUUUUCUCUACAGAAUUAAGAGUUUUCUUUUAUUACUUUUUCUUAGUAGCCAUGUUUGAACUCCAUAAGUAAUUAAAGAUCGUAUUAAUGCAAUAUAUAAUUGUAUUUUCAAAUCCUUUAAAAGUGAUUGUGAUCCCAAUAAUUUAGCAAAAGCACAUUGAGACAUUUAUUUCCUGACUGAAUUCUCAUCCCCUAUUUCUUUUUCAAUUUCAUUUCUCUCUGACAAUAUUGACUUUAGGUAUUUGAACUGUUUUAGAUUCUGAGUAGAGUGAGGUAUGUAUUGGUUUUACAAUAAUAUUAACAUUUUUUUAUUUUUUUUUUCUGUGCACAACUUUUCUACUAGCAAUUUUACUUUGAUUUUCAAGUGUAGCAAAUUUUCUGAAAGAAAAUUGGAUUGGGGUGGUACUUUAGGAAGAUCAUUAUUUUGAUUUUCCCAUGGGUUUUCAUAAUAAAUGGAAAAAAAUGGGAAAAUAUACAAAAUGUAUUAUUUUCAAAUCAUAAAUAUUAGGUAUGGCCUUUAAAAAAAUGUAGAACUGAACUCCGAUCAGAAUUGUUUUUCAUUAACAAUAAUCUUUGCAUACAGAUAUACAUUAAAUUUUUUCUCCUAUUUUCUCAACUUCUCAACUAUAACAGUAACUGCCCAUUAUGUAAAGUAUGUCUAUUUAUUUUGUUUUUUUGAAAUUUCGGUUGUUGACUUUAAUAGUUGGGUAUUAUCUUGUGAUGUCUCAUCUUCCUAUGGUCAUGUACUCCGUUUUGUGAUUCCUUCAUAAUCAUCAAAUCAUCUACAUCCCCUGAUUUAAUUUAUAUUGGUUCCAUAGUUAUAUUUUUUACUUUAACUUUAACUAAUGUUUAUAAAAUGCUUAUCUCUACUAAUUUUAUUAGCUUAACCUGGAAAUGGAUCUUCCUCAUACUAUUGAUUAGGUUCUGUGUUUACUAUCAUAUAUUUUCUUGAACUCUUUGAAAAGUAUGUGUAAAGUAAAUUGUUUUGUACUUGUAUUAAAUUUCUAAUGUCUAGAUAGCCUGGAGACAGUAUACAACAUAUGUAAUUGUAAUUGCUUAAAUAGAUAGUUUUUAGUGAGAAAUCAUAAUAUUGUGUUUGGAGGAUUUCAGUAUAAAUUUAAAGCUAGAUAAUAUGAUUUCAGUGUUUAUUUAGUACUGUGUCUAGUAUACUAUUACAAUUUAUGUAUUAAUGUGCAUCUACCUUUCUACAUGCAAAGAAAAAAAAAAGCAAAAUAAUAAUAAUAGUUUAAGUUUUAAAAAAAUUUGAAGUGCACACUAUUGAAUAAUAGGUAAUAAUUUAAUAUCAUUUUAUUAAAGUUGUGAGUAUAUUAUCUUAUUAAAAAAGUGGUGUGUUAUAUUAAAUAAUAAAAUAGUUCAGUGUGAUCACAGUUUUUUAAUACAUACAUCCUGCUCAAGUAUUUCUUUACUUCGCCCAUUAUUGUAGUCUUUUAUUUCUUAUUGGCUAGCAUUAAUAUUGUUAAUAGUAAUUGAAGAACUCGGGAAAGAAUUACAACAUAGGCCGGAUGUCUAUAGAUAUGUAUUGCACAUAUAGAACGAAAAAUGAUACCUAUUUAUUUUAACAUCCUGUAUUGUUAGGGUUACCAUAAUGCUUUUAGACCAAAUCCGGACACCAGUUUGAAAAUAAAUAAUAACCCAAAAAUAACAAAUAAUAUAUAAUAAUAUAAUGUAAUAAAAAAUAGUGUUAAUUCUCUUCAGAAUAAACUAUAGAGUCGUUAUCCAGCACUAGAUAGGUAUGAAGUAAACAAAUUAUAACAAUAAUAGAAAUAAUAUUAGUUUAAUAAUAAUAUUAUUAUUUUAUGUCAACAAUGAUAAUAAUGGGUCCUACUACUAAGGUCCUGAGAAAAAUAUGAACAAAAAUAAAAAUUACAAAUUAUACUUAUACAGAGUGUAACAUGAAGAUUUGACACAUGAUAUAAUAUUUGGGACUGAUAUAGCCAUGUUUUUUGUUUAUUGUAAAAUCCGGACAGUCUGUACUAACCCUAUGUAUUGUAUGAUUGUUGUAAAUGUUUAUAGAUAGUUAAUAUUUUAUUUUAUUAAAUAGUUUAUGUACUAAAAAUAAAAAUAACAAAUUUUUUUCAGAUCAAGUGAAUAUUGUAAUAAGCAAUGUAAUUCACUGGACCAGAACAAUUUUUCUUAACAAAUACCAGAAAAAAUCCUUUACUUAUCAUGGUUCGUAUCAUUUAAAAUUAGUUUUGUAAUUUAUUAAGAAUUUAUCAAAAUCUUAGUGAUUAUUGGAAGUUUAAGCCAAAUCUUCAAAUUAGUAUAUGUAGCAUUUAUGUACUUUUUUAAUUAGGUAAUUACUUAACAAAAUUAUAAUUAAAAUUGAUUUCCAAUAGUAACUUAACUAAAAUCUAUAAAAAUAAUUUCUCAUGUAUUUAAUGCAAUAUUAUUAUGAUAAUUAAUAUAUAAUAUUGUAAUCAUACAGCAAGAAGAAAAAUAGUAGGAAAAAAAUUUAUUUUUGGACUAAUUCUAAUAGAAUUUGUUUAUCCUAAGAUUUACCAAAUCUUGAUUGUUUAAGACAGAAUUACUAUCAUAUCUUUUUCUUUUUACAGUCUAUCAGUCCUUAAAAUUAUUCCGUCACACAUCCUAUUUUCCAACUUUGCCUAUCAGCAGCUCUUGUUUUUCAAUCUAAUCCUCCAUUCAGUGCCUCUUUUUUAAUUACAUCUUUCUACCUGAAAUAUAUCAUUCCAGUGGUCUUUUAACAACUGAAUUCUCAUCUAUAAUCAUAAUAUAUAUAAGUUGGUUUUGGAAUCACCACGUAUAUCAAGCUCACUGUAAUCAUUGGCUUCUGAUUAUCUUUAAUAUAUUAUCCUUCAGAAAAGCCUUUCUAAUUAAUUAUUCUUCCUUGGUAUACACUCUUCGUCCCUCAUUUAUCCAAAAAUCUGCCUUAGGAUUUUUCUUUCAAAAACCAUUAAUAUCCUUUUCUCCUAUUGUAACAUAUAUAAUAUAAUAUAUACAUUUUUUUUUUACCAAAGAACCUGUUGGUUUUAAAUAAAUCUUUAAUGUUAUAUAUUUUGGCUUGAAUUUUCAAUAAGCAUUAUGACAUAAUAUGUAAGAGCUAGAGUUGCCAUUUUUCAGGAUUAUAUGCUAUAAUUAAAACGAAAAUUCUUAUUAUAACAUUUAUUUUUAUUUAUAAAAUAUAAAAUGUAUAGGUACCUAUGUAAAUCUACUGCUAAAUGCUAUAAAUUGAAAUAAAUCAUUUAAAUUAAAGAGUGUUUUUAAUUAGUACUGACUUAAUUAAAUUUAUUUGUUAUGGGGAUGGGCUACUGGUAUAAAACAAAUACAGAUAUCCAAUGUUUUAAAUUAAAAAGCAUAAGUUAUUAUUGAAAUUAAUCAACAUAUUAGUUGAAUACUUGGUUUUACUAAUAUUUUUUUCAUAUUUCAGACAAUAUUGAUAUUUUUUAAUGUUCUGAUAAAAAAACAUAGGGUAUAAAACUGAUAUCAGCAAUAAUGGUUGAUAGUGUCUGUUAAUGUAUUGGCUCACCCCUAUCAUUUCAUAAAUAGAACAUUUGUGAGAAAAUAAGUAACAAAAUAUAUUUGUUAAUCAAAUGGUCUAUGGUAAAUAGUUUUGUUAAUCAAAAUAGUGAAAUGUAUUAUAAAUGUGGUAUCGAUGUGUUCAUGAUAAUACUUUGUAAAUAUUCAGGAAAACAUUUUAAAAUGUAUUGAUUUACUUAUGGCAACUUUAGUUUAAUAAUGCAUAUGUUCAUAUUUACUGGCAAAAUUGUUCUUAAUGUCUACAGUUUUGGUUAUUCAACUUGGUAAUGAUUGUUUACGAAAAUUAAAAAGUAAUAAAUGAACCUAGUUGUUUUUAUCCGUGGGUUGAUUUCAGAAUGAAAAAGAUGACAUAUGAACACGAUCUAAACAUCUAACAUACUUGUUAUUGCUAUUUAAGUGGAAGUCAGUAUGAUAUGUAAUAUGGUUGUAUAUUUAUAAAAAAAAUUUGUUAUUUAGAUAUAUCCUAUUUUAUAUAGGUGUAUCUCAGGAUUAUAUGUUCUGGUGGGAUUCAACUAAAUAUCUACAUGUCUUUUUGAAAAUUAUUUUAAAAACUAAUACAUACUUCAUUAUUUUGCAUUUUUAAAAUAAAUAUUCUAAUUUUAUAUAAGUAUAUUCGUAAUAAUAUUACAAUUACUAGAAUUAGUAAUUCUGAGAAAUACUGUGUUCUACAUUUAGUACAUAUUUUUUUUUUAAGUGUUAUGAAUAUUUUAUUGCCAACUAUAUAAAAGGUUUAUUUUUAGUGUGUGAGAUACUAAUUUAAACAAAAUAAUCUGUUAUACACUUAAAAUAAAAGUAUGUAAUUUAAUAUCAACUAUGUCAUGAAUUAUAUUUAUAAUACAAAAAUGUUUCACUUUUGAAAUGAGGUACAUGCUUAUGUAUGACUUUUUUUUAUAAAUUUAAACCUAUAAGAAUAUAAAAUAAAACGUUAAUAUAUAAUAUUAUUUAAUGCAAUUUUAUCAUGCAAGUCAAUUUGAGUUUAAGUGUAUCAAAUCAAAUACUUAAUUGUAUGUUUCCUAGAUUAAAUGGAACUUUAUACACUGAUAAAUUAUUCUAUGCAUGCAUUUAGAUCAUAAUUUUAUAACCUACCUAUUGGAGAGCUUUAUUAUACAAAUUUUGUUUAAAACACAUAUUUUUUCAAACAUAAUUUUUAUUUUUUAUAAAAAAAUAUAGGUUAAUUUGGAUGAACCACCUUUUCUUGCUGUUGGCACAGAAGUUAGUGCGAAAUAUAAAGGUACAUUUUGUGAAGCAAAAAUCAAAAAAAUAACUAAAUCCGUUAAAUGCAAAGUAAGUUAAUAUUUUAUAAAACACAGUCAAAUUCGUUUAUUACGAUGCCAUAUAUAAUGAUAUUCCGGAUAAAAUGAUUCCAAACAAUGUAUUUGGUUGGUUUUAUAUGUUAUGUGUAGUACUAUUAUUCGUAUUUAACGAUAUUAGUUCCGGAUAUAGCGAUGUUAUUUUGAAACGAAAAUUGGUUCUUUUAAUCGCCUAUAGCAAUUUGAUUUCGUUCAUUUUAAAUUACUAUCUAUUUCAGAAAUAUAUUUUUAUAUUGAUCAGGUGCGUACUUUUGUUUCGAUAAACAGUGAUAUAAAUACAUACUGUACAGUAGAAGUAUUAAUGGCAUUAAACAAUAUUUCUAAUUUUGUUAAAAAAUCUUAUUCAAAUUAUAAACAAACCACUAUAAUAGAUUAUUUUUCAAAUAAAUCGUAAACAUAUAAUAUAUAUAAUAUGUACUUUUAUUAAAAAUUAUAAAUACCUUGAAUGUUAAAAUAUGUAAUCUUAAAUAAAAUUAUACAGUAAAACAUUUGUUUAAUAAAUCGAUUUUUUAAAAAAAUCAAGUUACUUUUUAUAAUCCAGAUAUAACAAAGUUCGGUUCUAACGAUCAGAUUCCCUAGGUCCCUUAAAGAUCGUUAUAAGAGAAUUUGACUGUAUAAUUCAUUAAAAAGAGUACUUUUCAUUACAGUAAUAUGUUUAAUAUUAAGGUUCAAUAUGAUAAUGGAUCGACCACAUUGGUCUCCGAUGAAAUAGUGAAAGGACCAUUAAAGGUAUUAUUAUUUAUUUUAAAUGAGAAUAAAUAUAUUUUAGUACACAAAUUGUAAUCUUAGGUUGGAGCUACAGUUGAAGUAAAAUGCACUGACAAAAAAGAAUUAGUUGGAGCAAGAAUAAAAAAAAUUCAAGAUUGUAGUCAAUAUACUGUGGGUAUGUAUGGUAAAUGUUUAAUUGUAAUGUCUAAUAUAUAUGCAUUAUACUUAAAAAUUAUUAUUAAUUAUUUACAAGGUGUCCUAUUAGGAUUCAAGAAAUGCAAUAACUUUUAUUCUAUUUAAUAUUUUUGAUGUACAUUUUUUAAAUAAUAAGUAUGCCCCAACACUACAUUUAUAUAUGAACAUUUUUUUUAGAGAGAUUGGGACUUAAAAUAAAAAAUUUAAAAUGUUACUAUAAUUUUUUUAAAAAAUUCAAAAUAACCAUUUUGUAAAAUAAAUUUUUAGAAAGACUUUGGUGGUUGAAACUUUUGUUAAUGAUCUUUUAUUUUCUACAGUUUUUUGAAAAUUUGAAUAAUUUUCUUUUCAAUCUUAAUAAUAUUUUUAUCAACAUAAAGUUACCAUUAUUGAUAUUUGGAUAAUGCAUGGAAAUAAAAUCCUUACCAAUAACUGAUAACUGAAUAACCGCAAUAGAUAAUAUUCACAUUUGCGAAAACUUCAAAAAAUUGUAUAAAAUAAAAGACCAUACUUUAACAAAAAUUUCAACCACGAAAAAUUUUCUAAAAAUUUAUUUUACAAAAUGGCUAUUAUGAAUUGUUUAAUAAAAAUUAUAAUGACAUUUUAAAUUUUUUAUUUUAAGUCCCCCUCCCCUUAAAAAAUAAUGUUCAUAUAUAUACUGUAGCGUUGAGACAUAACUAUUAUUAAAACAAAUUUAUAUCAAAAAUAUUGAAUAGAAUAAAAGUUAUUGCAUUUGCCGAAUCCUCAUGGGACACCUUAUACAGGGUGUCCUACAAUAUUAAAAAAAAAAAAAAAUUAAAUACUAACAAAACAUUUUUAAAAUAUAGGAUAAUUGUAUAUAUUUUAUUUUUUGACUUAAUUUAUUAUUUAUGUAUUACAGUUUUUAAUGAUGGAGAUGUAACAUGUUUAAAAAGGACUGCAUUGUAUUUGAAAACUAAAAGAGACUCUGAUACAAAUUCUAAACUUCCUCUUAACAAACCAGAAAAUAAUUGUAUACCAAUGCAAAGUGUAGUAUAUAGUCGACGAAAUCGACAGUCUAAUCAAAGUUCUGGGUAAAUAAUUAUACAUUUAUUAUUUUAGUUAGCUAUUUAAUCAAACAUUUUACUAGAUAAAUUACUUUAAAUGAGAACAUUAAAGGUAUUAAAGAAAAUAUUAUUUUAUUAAAGAAAUAUCGUAAAAAAAAUUACAUACAUUUUAGUAAAAAUAGUUGUUCAUUGAUUUCUACUAAUCAGUUGUUAUUCAAAUAGAACUUAGGUAUUUUUCUACAAUAUGAUACCAAAUUUUUGUUGUAUUAAAUAUUAAAAGUAGAAAAUGUUUAUUUAAACCAGUUUAUGUAUUUUUUUUUAUUUUUCAUAUUUAUUUUUCCUAUAGGAUGUUGGUAUCAUAUUGUAGGAAAAUAUCUAAACUUUUGUAAUAUGAGGUUUUCAUAUAAAAACUGCUUUUAAUUUGAGUAUUUGAAGUAUAUUAAACUAUGUGGUGGUGAGUCAGUUAAACCGAUAGGGUCAUGUGGCCAAAUCUAAUGAACCCAUUCUAUUCUUUUAGGGUAUCAAAAUUUUAAUUAUAUAUGUACUAACAAUUUUUUUCUUGAAUAGUCCUUCAAUGUAUAUAUAUAUAUAUAUAUAUCCGAAUGAAAACCCUCCAUCAACUGUGUGUAAACAUCUUGGUAAGAAAAAAAAAACUUAAGUUAGGAAAGUUGUGAUAUCAAAUAGGGGCCAAGUAAUUUCUUAAAAUCAUUAGUAUAGAAAUUGUUUAUAUUUGAUAAAGUGUGAUGAUUUAAUACAAAUAAUUUAACCUAGUUUGGCAGUUACAAAUAUUUAUGACUACAAAUAAAGAUACAAUACCAACAUGAAUAUUUACAUCUCCAUAUUUUAAUUUUAUAAUAUUAACAUAACACUAUUUUAGUAUACAUUAAAUUAAAUUAAAUUAUUGCACUUUAUCAAAUAUAAAUAAUUUCUAUACUAAUGAAUUUAAGAAAUUACUUAGCCUCUUUUUGAUAUCGCAAUUUUUCUAACUUGAGUUUUUUUUCUUAGCAAUUACGCAUUCAACAUAAAUUGUCAAAUUGUUGAAAAAAAAAUAGUGUUUCAAGUAAAAACUAUGCUAAUACUUUUGCAUAUUACUCAGGCUGUAAUUAUCAGUGAUAAACUUAAAAUUUAUAAAGGUAUCAUCUGCUUAAAAUACUGAUCAAUCCAUGUAAAUUUCAAAACAAUUAGUCCAUUAGUUUAGGCUACAGAGAGGUUAAACCAUUUUUUGUAAAAUUACACAGGUUAAAUGGGAGUUGGCUGUCUCAUUCACUGGAUAUAUAUUUGUUAUACAUAAAUAUUGUAAUAUUCAAUUUAGACAGUUAACUAAUAAAUUAAUAAAUUAACAAUUAAAAAAAAAUAUAUUAAUAUUGUUUAUAUUACCUUAGUAUACUUUAAUUUUAUCUAUAAAACUGUCUUGAGUUAUAGAGGAAUAAUAAUUGAUUUAAUUAAUAAUAUUUUUAUUCUUCUCUGUUGUAAAGAACAAAUCAGUUAAAUAUUUUGAUGCAAGAAUACAAUUUUACUGAAUUAAAGGUUGUUAUCUAAUUUUAUUUUUUUAAUUCACAUAGUUUUUAAUUAUCCAAUCAAAUAGUUAGAAAUUACUUUUAUAAUACAUUAAUUGUACAAAAUUUUAAUAAUACUAUUAUUUGUUUGGUAUUUUAUUUAUUAGACAAGAGAAAAUUUCUACUGAAAUGGAUAAUAAAGAUAUUGGAAAAGUAGUUUGUGUGGAGUCUAAUGAUAAAAAGAAAAUUAGAGAUAAUUGGUUUCCUGGUUUAGUAGUAGCUCCAACUGCACAAUUGACAGUCAAAACUAAUAUUGAAUUUGACCAUUUAGUUCGGUCAUUUAAGGAUGGAAAAUAGUAAGCUUUUUUAUUAUUUAUUGAACCAUUUUAAUGAGUAAAUAAUUUAUUUGUAUUCUUUAAACAAAGCUAUACUAUAUCAAAAAAAGAUAUUUCUCACUUUACUAAAGAAAUUGGAGCAAGAGUAGAAAAUCCUACUCUUAAAACUGGUAUGUAUUUCAAUAUACACUAUUAAAUAUUACACAAUGUUUAUAAAUUAUAAUUUAAAAUUGUUAAUUUAUUUAGCGGUUGAAAAAGCUAUAUUGUAUAUUGACAAAGAUGAAUUACCCCCCCAUUGGGAUCGCGAUUUAUUAUUUGGUGUGGAAAAAAAUUGUGUAAUUACAGACAGUGAAGGAAUAUUAGAUGAUGUAAUAGAAAAAUUAUAAUUUUAUUAAUAUAUAAACUAUUUUAAUUGGUUUUCCUGAUAAUUAAAUUUGUUAUUUUUAAGUAUUCAGAGGAAGAGUCUAUUGAAGAAAAAGAUCAUUUUGUUGCACAAUUAUUUAAAUUUAUGGAUGAUCGCGGAACACCUCUAAAUCAAAUUCCAGUAGUACAUGGAAAAGAUGUUGAUUUAUAUAAACUGUUUAAGGUAUUUUUAUUGUUAAAUUUAGAGCAAUCAAUUUUUUUCUAUUUAAAAAAAAAAACUAAUGAUAAUUACAUCUUAUUAAAUAUUAUAUUUAAACUUUAUAGGGUUAACCCUAUAGCUUUAACCUUCUAAGGUUUCUCUUUCACAAUAAUCACUAAAAAGUUUAAAUUUUCUUUACCUUUACUAAACUAUUAAGGAAGCUUUAAGAACACUUUAAUAUUUGAUAUGAUUUGAGCAUCUUAUUAUCCUCUUAACUGUUCACAGAUGUUUAAUAUCAGUAAAAGUACAGCGAAUAGGUGAAAUUCCAGAAUAAAAAAACUUCUCAAAAUAUAUACUAAAUGAAGGUUUUAAUUUAAAUGUAUUAAAAUUAUUAGUUAAUAUUAUUUUUUCUGAAGCCUUUUGCUUCCCUCCCCAUGGGUGUUCAUGGUCCCAGGUAGCUCAGAUGAUAAAGCAAUCACCCAGCAGAUCAGAAACUGAUUUGAUUCUUGGUCCAGUCACUUGAUUUGUAGCACUAUUUUCUGUCAAGAGAACAUGGUCAUAGAGUAAUAACUCAUUAUGAAAUUAUUAUUUAACAUAAAAGGUUAUUUUCAUUUGUUGGUUUUUAUUAUUAUUUAUCUUAUUUUGUCUUCUAAAAUAUUAUUAUAAAGUUUGUUAGUAUGGUUGAAUUCAGUUAUUUUAAAAUUAUAAACAAAUAUAUUUUCAUUUAUAGGUAGUUAAUACUUUGGGUGGUUAUAACAAAGUUACUAAAUAUAAACAAUGGAAAAUUGUAAGCUGUCAUAUUGGACAUAGUAAUUCAAUUUAUCAAAUAAAACAAUCUUAUCAAACGUAAGUGUAUCAUUUUUAUGAUAUAAAAUUGUUGUAUUAUAUUUCAUUAUUUUUAUAUUAAUUUACAGUUAUUUACAUAGUUUUGAAGAUUUUUAUCGGAAAUUAGGAUGUACUAUGUUAAGUCACCCCAGAGGUGUAAGAUCCCGUAGUCGCUUUAGUCGUAAUAUAAUUCGAGAUAUAGAUAAAUCUUUACCUAGUACAUUAACCAAUGAUAAAAAGCCACUUAUAAAACAAGAAUCAACUGAUAAUAAAAUAAAUAAAGCAGAAGCUUCUGUUAAAGAAAAUGAUGAUGUUUUUAAAGAUCCUAUGGUGAUAAAAAAAACAACUAAAACUACUAAGUCUGAAGAAAAACUUUUAUCAAAAAACAACGAUGACUCCAAAAAAGGCGAUAAAAAAAAAGAUGAUAACAAUGCAUUGCGAAAUAAAUCUUCAAUUAAAUGUGAUCCUGAUAUUUUAGAUUCAAAUGGUUCUAAAAUAAAAAAAGACAAUUCAAAAAAAGAAGAUAUCACAAAACCAGAUAGUACUGAAAGUAAAAAAACAGAAAAAAGAAGUUAUACAAGAAAUUUAUUUGGAAAAUCAAUGCGUAAAAAUACUAAAAGUGAAAAAAUUGAAAAAGUGCAAACAAUUGAACCUGGGUUAUCAAGUUCUAGAAAAAUGCGAUCAUUUAAAGAUCAUCUCAAGGUUGUUGUUGUUAAUGUAUUAACUCCAUUUAAAAAAUCUAAAAGAGGUGGUGCCCAGGCAGAAACUUUGAAUAAAAUCAAACCGGAUGAGGAUGUACCCAAAGUAAAAAUAUAUUACUUAGUAUAUAUAAAUUAAUAAGAAAAACUUAAUAUAAAUAGUUAAUUAUACUGUGUCUUCAAUUUUAAAGGCAACAUGAAAUAUUUAGAGUGAAUUUUAUUGAGGGGGAGGGUUAAUGUGUACAGGACACAUGAAUACACUUUGUUUAAUAAAUUUUAAUUUUUAACUAUCCACAGUAAAAUAAAAAUGUCUAAUAGGAAGCACUGUUUUUGGACUGGAUUUGGAUUGUUUUAUUUUUCCAAGGAACUUCAACCUUUACAAUUUUUAAUAUUUUCAAAAUUGACUUUUUAAGACAAUCAAAAGUUCAAAUAAAUUAUUAUAAUAAUACUUAUAAAUGUGUGACUAUUGUAAAAUGUAAUAAUUACAAAUUAUCUUAUUCUAAACUUCAAAAUCAUGCUAUUUCCUGUUACCUUUAAUAUUGAAGAGUAUAAUAAAAUUAAAUAUAAUUUCAUGAGAGUGAUUUUAUGUGAUAUUAUGACACUGUUAAUAUUAAUUGGGUACUAUAAAGUAAUGAAAUAUUUUCUAAUAAUAACAGUAAUUAAUUAUUGUAUCUAAAAUUUUCAAUUUAAAAAAAAAAUAUUGAAUUUUUUAAAUUUGAUUUUAUUAAUUUUCUAGCUUACACGGUCAAAGUCCAAAGAUGAUGUUUCUAGCAAAAGAAAAUUGUCAGUCUUAAGUGACCAAGCGUUAAACCUGCAAGUUUUAGUUCCAAAUCAAAGUCCAUUAAAAAAAGCUGAUGGAAAUGAGAGAAAAAGAAAUGUAAAAAAGAAAAUUCCCGAAAAAGAUGAAAAAUUAAUUUCAAACAAUUCAAAUUCUGUACCCAUGUAAGUUUGAAUACAUUUUACUUUUACAAGGUAAUUGUUAUUUAAUUUAAUAAUAUUUCAAUAUUUGUAAUUAAUUUAUUAAUAGUGGAAGUCAAGCAAUAAUAGAUAAAAUGAUGGCAUCAACAAUUACUGUUAAUGAUGAUUUGGAAGUUUACUAUGGAGAUAAACACGCUACAACAUAUGAUGCAAAAGUAAAUUUAAUUGAAUUAAUUAUGUUUUUAUAUGAAAUGCUUCAUUAUUAGUUAAAAUAAAUUGUUAACAAAUUUAUGAGAUAUUACUUAAUAAUUAUAUUAUAGAAUUUAAAAUUUACUUAAUUUUCAUUACCCAAUAAAAUUAAAUAUAUUCAAAUAUACAUUUUAAUUUGAUUUAAUUUAAUAAUAAUAAUUACAGAUGUGAGCCUAAUUUACGAUAAGUUUACAAUGAUAAUAAUAUAAUGUAUUGGUAGUUAUACCAUAAUAUACAGGUAUUAAAAUGAUAAAUAAUUAGUAAAAUACAAAUUUUUAAAAAAUAAUGACUAUUAUUACUCUUGGUACUUCCAGCUAAUAAUAAUAUAUUAUUAAUAGGGGAAUAUAUCAAAAAUGUUUUUGAAUAAUUAGGAAUGUAAAAAAGAUAUUUGUUUAGCAUACUAUAAAGGUUUAUUUUAAAAGAGAUGAGACUUAAUAAGGAUAUAAUCCAUUUAUAUAAUUGUUAAAUAAUUUACUUAGAAAUCUUGCAUAGGAGUAAUUUCUCCCAAAUUUGCAAUGUUUGUAAAUUUGAUAUUUGUAGAAUAUGGUCAUAGCAGGUAACUUAAAUAUAGUAUUUAUUAUUUCUUAAAUUUACAUGCAAUGAAUUAAAGUCCAUGUUUCCCAUAUAGUGUAUACUCUGAAUGAAUAUAAAUAAGGGAAGAUUAAAGACUUUUGAAGGUAUUAGGAUUACUAAAAUAAGGACAAUUUCCAUUUAUCAUAAAUAGAUAGUGAGUUCUUUUUAAUUUCAAGCAUAUGUAAGAUAAAUAAUGAUUUUGAAUUAAAGAUUACACCAAGGUUUUUAAUCUUAAGUGUUAAAUUUAAGAAAUUAUUUUACAAUUUAUAAUUAAAAGUUAGUUGGUUACAGUUUUUGGAAAAAGAGUGGCAUUUAUUGAAAUUAAGAACACCAAUUAUUUAUAUUAUUCAAAUAUUUUUACACUAUGGAAAAUACUACUUAAGUAUUAAAAAAAAUUAAAUUAAACAAAAUAUAGCCUGGAGUAUUAUUAAAUUUGAUGGUUUUAAAAAACUAUCAUUAGGUAAUACAAUAAUAAAGGGGUCAAAUAUUAAAAUACUGAAUAUAAAGUCAAAAUGAGGAAUACAUAUUAAAAAAUUACUAUUUUUUACACAAGGAGGGUAGUAAACCAAUUCUAUUAGACAAAAUUGAAAAAGUAGGAUAAGAUAAUAGAUUUGAGAAGUUUUAUUAUUAUUUAAAUAAUAUUAUCAAAGAAUAUUAUUUUUAAAAUUUGUCUGAAAUAGGAGAUAUUUUCUUGAAAUUCUUAACACUAUAAUUUAUUUGGUUUAUUAAAUUAUUAUUAGCCUUGGAACCACCUUUAUCAUUACAAGAUAUAACCAUAAAGUAAAGUUAGUGAGUAAAUUACAAUUUAUUACAAUUUAUUGAAUGGUUCAUUACAGCACAUCAUAAUUUUUCAAAAUAGGCACCUCCCGCAAUGAGUCAUCAACUCCAGCUAUUUUUCUGGACAUUGAAUAAGAUCUUGAUACAAGCUGCUUGGAUGUUUUUCUUUCAUUGGUCCUUUCAGGCAUGGAAACAAAAAUCGGUUAAGGAAAAUCAGGUCUAGACUUUAGAGGGAGGCUGGGGAAUCUUUUGAUGAACUCCUGCUUUGAUCAGAUAGUUGGUGGCAAGGAAGGUACUGUAUUUUGACUUGUACAAGACCACAAAACAUUUUCCAUCGAAAUGCCAGGUCUAACUAGAUAGAUGGCUAGAGACCCAGAAUUCAUUAGAUGACUUUUCUCAUUACCAUUUCUUGUCUUUGUCAUUACUUUCCAGAUGUACUUUAUAUUAUUGUUUAGAAUCGUUGUGAAUUUAUUAUUGUAUAAUAACUUAUGAUGAUUUGUGCAAAGUUUGGUUAUGUGUGUUUUGAAAUUCUAUUUGUGAUUUUCAUCAAAAUGUGAACUUAAAACCCUUAUAUGAAAAAACUACUAUAUUACACAUUUUUUCCGUGGACAAUUUUUCUACCAGAAAUCUUGUUCCGAUUUUCAAUUGUAGCACUUUUUCUGAAAAGGAAUAUAACUGGGGUGGUACUUUAGGGAGGUAAUUUUUUGAUUUCCCCGGUAGAGUUUACCCGGUAAAUGGGAAACACAUUGGAAAAAAAAAUACUAAUGCAUAUGUAUUAUUUUACUAUAAUAUGACUUAUAUAUUGUUGACUGAACUCUGCUCAGAAUCUUUAAUCAGCCCGUACAGACACACUGAAUUUCCAUUGUCUUCUCAAUUUGGCACCUAUUUUUGAAGUACAACUUAUAAUGAACCUGUCAAAUUAUUUUUUUGUUUGGUGAAAUAAUUUUAUCCAUAUAAAUAGUACAUACAAAAAACUCCUAAAUAUAAAAUGCCUUUUGAAGUCAAUGCUAGGAGUAUUUUGUUAAAAUGUCAGUUCUCUACAAUAAUUUUUAACCAAUUUACUACAAAAACCAAAAUCCAAAAUGAUAAAACUAUUAAUGUAAACUUUUCCUUUCUUUCUAUGUUUUUCCAGGUUUUACUCGGUUAUUUAAAAAAAAAACUACAUUAAAAAUCAAAACCAAACUCCUUAUUAACCAAUGAGAUCUUAAAUGCAACAAUAAAGGUCCCUUGUCUGUUUUCGAUUGGAGCAAUAUUUUUGGAGUAAACAUUUUAAAUAAUGAAAUUGUAAUGUAUCAAUUUUUUUCAUUUUUUGAAUAGAGUAUGAUUUCUGGUAGAAAAGUUGAUCACAGACACAAUACAGGAAAACUAAUUUGUUCUUGCUCUGCUGAGAAUUAAAAAAAAUGAGAAUAUGUAUGAUUGAAAUCAUGCAGAAUUUAAAGUCCUAAGAUCUAAUACUAAUAAUUAAUACUUAAUACUUAAUAUAGCAGCAUCUAAAGUCUUCCUAUAUAUAUUAUACUAUAACUUCAUUAUUGAUUAUGUUCAUUGUUAGAUCUAGGAGAUUUAAUUUAUUUAUCUAAUUAAUCCUUGGAAUAAUAAAAUGAAAGUGACAUCGAGAUGGCAGUGACCUGGCACCAGAUUGGUCAACAUAGAUUCAACAAUUUUGUUAUAUUUUUUUAUAUCUUACAGAUGCAAGCACAACAAGCAUUGUAAUGGUUUCAUUGUGUGCUUUAUUUAUGUAUUUUUUUCUGUCUGUUAAUAACUUUUUUACCAGAAACCUUUCAUAGAUUUUUAAGUGAAAGAUCUUUUUUUAUUUUCAACCAAUACAAAAAAUUACAAAAAAAAUUUUAAAAAAAUACCUGCUCAUCGCACCAACUAGAUUCAAAAUUCCAUAUAAAAGCUCUUUUGUAUUUUUUAACUAGAGUGAAAUUUCUGGUAGCAAAGUUAUAAACAGAAAAAAAAAGAUCACACAUAGUAAAACCAAAACACUCCUUACUUUGCUCAGAAUCUAAAAAGGGUACCAAGUUAUCAAUUAUUUACCUUCAUAGUUUUGGUCUUUAAGAUCAUCCUGCCCAAUGAUAACUUUACUAAUUUACCUAACUUUUAACCUAAUUAAUCGUAAUUUUUCUCUUUCUAAUAAUAAUCCCUUCCAAUCUUCUGGCUCCUUUUUUCUACAUUUUCUUGGAUAACUCAAUGGUUAAUGUUCUUUUUUCUUGGAGGUGGGGAGGGGUGUUUUCUAGGACCUUCCAACAAUCCUUCAUUACAUCAUUGAAAAGAAAAUUUUAAAAUAAUUUUUUUGUGUGGGGGGGGGGGGUUAGUUAGCAAUCAAUUUGUGGUCUAAUUGUCUAAUUUUAUUGACUGAAAUAAUUAUUUCUCAAUAAUAUAAUGCAAUUCAAACAAUUUAAAUUCUGGGUUCAACCCAUCCCCAGGUACAGCCUUGAGUCCACCAGCCCAAGCAAUCUUUCAGUCCAGGAAGAUAUAUCUCCUUAACUCCCAUAACAAGUCCCCUACUGCAUCAAUAUAUCUAACAUAAGCCUUAAUAAAAUUUGUAAAUUGUGUUAUUGAAUAUUAUUAGUUUUAUGUAACUAACUUACACUUGCAUGUAAUUUUCAGAUAAAACCAUCAAACUUCAUAAUGUUACUUUGCUUCAGGGCUCGAACCCUCCUGAAAUGUCAGACAAUAAUUUUUUAAAGUGAAUUGAUACAAUAAUAAAAAAAAAAAAACUAUUUUAUACAAUGAUGCCAUGCUAGACCAGCAUCCACUGUCCCAAUAUGAGGAACAGUCAGUGGUUAAUUGUGGCAUAGAAUAAUGGUUAAAUGUUGGGUAUUGACCCAAUUUCUUUUAAAAAUUAAGCAUAGAUCUAUUUCAUUUUGGAUUGUAGUUUGGUUGCUUAUCUCAAUGAAUACUAAGUACAGAAAUAAAAUCUAUACUAAUCAUAAUUUUGGAUAUAAAAUGGGCUGUGUUUAGUUAUUGGUUCCACUUAAAAUAUUUAUUACUAGAUUUUUAGGACUUUAAUGCCAGUGUUGAGUAAAAGUAGGGGGGAGAUGCCUCUAUUUAUUUAAGUUAAAAUUAAUAGUCCCCAUUAGUUUAAGUCUUUGAUGUCCAGAGUUAUAGGGAACUAUUUAGUUAUUGAUAUGGAGCUAUUUUUAAUGAAAUUUAAAACUCAUUAGUUUUAUUAUAAAAAAAAAUACUUUAAUAUCUAUUAGAUUAUGCAUAAAUAGACUCUUUUUUUCAUUUUAUAUUUACUGAGCAAGCAUAAAAGACUAAUAUUUUAUGGAGGGAGUAUGCAAUUUAUUUUUAAAUUUUUUAUUAUAACAUUUGAGUGAACUAAUCUGUGUAUGAGAGAAAAAAAUGUGGUCUUGUCUUUAUGAUAGGUUUCCUGAAAGUUUGGUUAAGUUUAGUUAGUUCUCAGAAACUUGGGAUUGAAUUGUGGAAUAAAAAGUAACCUAUAUUAUGGCCUGGAGAAUCUAGCUAUCUUGCUAUGAAAGUUUCAUUAAAAUUGGUUCAGUUAUUUCAGAGAUUAGUUUGGAUAGACACUUCAAUUUUAUUUAUGUGUUUACUGUUAUCAUGGUUUUUCUUGUAAUAUAUUUAAAAACAAAAUAAAUAUUAUAAGUACAAAUAUUAUUUAUACUCGUUGUUUACAAUACUUCAGCUGCUUUUUAUUAAUUUAAAGAAAUUCCUCAUAAAUUAUACUUGGGUUUUCAAAAAGAUAAAAAAAAUAAUCAUAAUAUAAAAAAAUAAAACUUUAGUAGGGAUGCAUAGUUAAAAUUUUGGUGAUUAGCAAAUUAGGUUAUUUCAUUCUUGGUUAACCAAACUUCACUAGGAUUUGUUUUCCUUAGCAAUGUUUUAUCAUUAUAACAAAUAUUAAUUUCUUACCUUUAUAUAUCCUACCUUCCAAAUUUUUUAACGCAUGUUUAAGUGUUAUUGGAACAAAACAUUUUAGUUUUUUUUUUUAUACAUAAAUUUGUUGAAUACUUUACAUCAGUGUGGUCCAACUUUUUAUAUCCAAUUUAAACUUUCUCGUAAUAACUGUUGGUUGUUUUAGCCACAACUGAAAAAAACAAAAGAUAGGCAAAUUUACCACAUCUUUUAUUACCUAAAGAUAAAUAUAAAUUGGAUACCCCUGAACACAAAAAAAAGGUGGCGUGGGUUUUAUCAAACUCCUGUAUAUUUAUUUAUAAUUUUUUUAUCUAAAAUAUAUUAAAAUUAUAGUAUUGUUAUUUAUGUUUCAAGGUUCUUAAUGUAUGUGAUAUUGAAGGUGAAUUGAAAUAUUAUGUACACUACAAAGGAUGGAAUUCUCGUUAUGAUGAAUGGAUCGAUAUUUCACGUAUUGCUUCUAAAUCAGAGACUCCAGAAUCUGGAAUAAACAACAGUGCAGAACCAGCAAAAAUUGAAGUAUGUUUAAUUGGAUUAUAAAUAUAAAACCACGAAAGUAUGAAUUAUUUAUUAAAACUGUAUAAAUACUAAUGAUUCAUUCACAUUUGUUUUAGUUUAAAUUAUUAUAUUAAAUCAUUAAUACUCCAAGGGUAUAUUUGAAAACACCACUAAUUACUUUCAAGUUACUUAGGGUUUUUUUAACAAAACAUGUAAUGGUUUCAUCAACAAUAGAUUGUCAACUAUCAGUUUUUUAGAGUACAAGAUUAGAUUGAUAAACAUAUACUUGUCCUACUUUUUAUGAGUUUUAUACAGUUUUAACCAGUCUUGCACAUAAUUAUCACUGAGUAUUGAUGUCGAAAAAUGUAUAGUUCUCUACAGCAGGAGUGAACACAUCGACAACUUAUCAUUAUUUUCUUAGCUCUCACAAUAAUAUCAGGCUAUAACAAUUAACAAGUCAUUUUUUCUUGCGCCUCUAGGUAAAACCUCUGGCAUUGUUAAACUCAUCAUCCUUUGAAAAUCCGGUUAUUUUUAUAAUAUUGAUAACGAUUCUCCUAAUAAAGGUAUGAUAAGGUGGGUAUGUGUGGCUUUUUUUUUUUUUUUAGUAAAAUUAUCAUUAAAUGGACUUUGUAUUAAUUAAAUAUUUAUCAGACAUUAUAUUAUACAAUUUUCUAGAGAACAUAAAUUUCCGCUCAAUAGGUCCAAUAAAUUACAAUUUAACUGAUUUUUAUAAAAAAAAACUUUCCCCGUAAUUUGGAGCAACUGUAAAUCGUUCAAAAGAAUGUUAUUGAAUAAAUUUAAACGUUUUGAGGUGAGUGAGAUGAUAAAAAUUGAACCACUUGUUUAAGAGUUAUCAACUUUUUCAUAAAUGUUAAUUAUAGUAAAUCAGAUUUCAUGUCUACAGCCUAUCCCUACAUGAUUUUACUAGUUCACACUUUCCCCACAUCCCACUUUAAUGACGGGACAAGAGUGAAAUCGAAAUUAAAAAAAUAUAAUGUAAAAUAAUGUUAUUUAAUUAUUAUUAAAAUAUAGAAUAUAUUUAAUUUACUAACAUUUGUUUCACUAAAAUUAUAUAAAAUUAAACAUUUAAUGAAGUACAAAACGAUACCAAAUGUUAACACUCAAGUUUUAUCAGGCCACUUUAUGCGGGACUUGAUAACACUAUAUAAAAAUAAUGUGAUGAACAUAAAAAUGUUAACAGCUCCAAGGGCACAAUAUGACGGAUCAAUUUAAUAUAGUAUUUUGGUGUAUAAUAUUAUGGAUUUUAUCAUGUCUAAAUGUCUCAUAAACAAACUUACCUCACCUUUUUAAUAAAACGUCCGCACAGAGGGGGGAAACCCAAUUCAUCCAUGCCGCAGAUAACGUUUUACAUUAUUAGGUAUUAUCUAUAAUAUAUUUUUCCUAAUGAGAAUAAUAAAUACCCGGUUACGAUAAAUCUAUUUUUAAAUAGUUUUAUUAUAGUUCAGAGAGAAUAUAACUAGAAGCAAGCCGCCAGUGGUUCUCAACUUAUAAAAUAUAUAAGGGAAAUUUUCAUAUGUAAGAAAUGAAUUAAAUAUUACAUAAAACAAUACUAGUUUUAACUAAAUAUGAAUAAUGAAAAUAUGUAUCAAAUAUAAAAUACAAAGAGUUGAUACUGAGGACGGGAGUGCCACUGUUUUUCACAGCAGAAGGGAAUUUUCCUAGGAUGGUACUUCAAGGUCAUUUUUUGAUUUUUCAGGGGCUUUCAUAAUAAAUUGUUUUUCAUAAGUUUUCAUAAUUAGUAAAAAAAUAUUACUAGCUUUUUUUUUAUGGACAACUUUUCUACCAGCAUGCUUUAAUUUACUAUGAUAGAACUUUUUAUGAAAGUAAAUUUGACUGGGGUGUUACAUUAGAAAGGUCAUUUUUAAUUUUCUCAGGAGGUUACUCAAUAAAUGGGUAAACCUAGACAAACGGGGAGGGGGGAAUAGAUAUAAUAUUAAACAAAUAUUAUUAAAGAAAAAGAAAAUAUAUAAUGCAUAUGUAAUUAUUUUUACUAUAAUAUGACAUAUAUAUUUAUUUAUUUAUUUAUUUAUUAAUACGGACAAAAGUCCAAUUCACAAUAUAUUUGUAUAGAUAACAAUAAAAUAUAACUUAUAUAAAUUAUAAAUUUAUAUAAUUUAAAAUAAUAAAAUAUAACAUAAUAAAAAAUGAAAAGUAUAGUAAAAAAGUAAAAAGCAACACUGUUAACCAAACUCCGCUCAGAAUCACUUUUUUAUCAGCAAUGGUUAGUGGUUGUAUACACAUAAAUACAUUAAAUGAGAAAUUGAUCUGCUUUAUUUAAGGGGAACUCUACCUUCCCAACAAUAGUACAAUAGUGACACCAUCCAUUUGUUUAUACUAGGCAUAAAAAGUUGACAAAAAAAAAUAUCUAUCUUGUAUGGGAAUGAUGUAGGUUGAACUAUUUUUUUUUGAAAAGAAAAAAAAUAUUUAGUAUAUUGAGUAUUCCAUGACACUUCUUUUAUCUUCUUUUUUUUUAAUUUCCUAAAAUUUGGUCAAAAUAAUCAAAAUAAAUAAUAAAUUAUUAUGUACACUAUCUUUUUUCUGUAUCAAUCAAAAAGUAUUUCAGUCAAAUUCAAACAUAUUUUUUCAAUAAACAUUAAUCAUUUUUCAAAUCAUGCAAAAAAUUUAAUAACUGUUCGUUAUUUUGUUUUAGCCUAAUAUUUUUUUUAUAAAAUUUAGAAAUUUAGUUUAAGCAAUCAAGCAAUGACAGUCCUGUCAAAUUUGUAAUUAAACUAUUACCCAGAAAAUUUUGAUUUUAUACUGAAUUAAAUGGGCUGAAUUAAUUUACUUGCAUUUAUUUACUUGUACCAUGUUGUAUAGCUACACUUUGAAGACCAGAACAUUAGAGAAAAUUUAUUUCUGAUUUUGAGAUUGCACAUCACCAAUUAAGUUCCUUUUCCUCAGAUAUGAAAGUUAGUCUGUACAAAAAUACUACCAGAAAAAUUAAACACACAAAUUAGUGAUAAAUAUAUUUUAAUUUUUUACAUUCAACAUUUUUUUACAUUAAUAGAAAGGUGGGGGGAACUAGUCCGAUUACUUCAAUUUUAAAAAUAGGUGACCCAAUAUUAGUAAUUAAUAUCAGGCUAUUCUUCAGGAGAUCUUCCUUUUAUUAGAAAGUUUUUCAAAUAAUUGGUUCUUAAACGAAUAUAAAGAGUUCUUUACCUACAUUAUCUAUAGCAUGGCUUUUUCCUAUAUUAUUUUAAACAAAUUUUAGGAAACUAAAAAAAUUAAUUAAUAGUUAAUAAUAAGAAAAUGACAUGGAAUGCUCUAUAAAUUUUCUACCGACACUCAAAUAAGAACCACCUUAAUAUACAUAUAUAGAGAUAUAAGGAUAUAUAUAAUAUAUAUAUGCAAAGCAAAUAAACUAAUAUUGAAAAAAAAUAAAUGAAUGAUAUGUAUAUAUUUUAGAUUCUGAGUGGAACGAGGAAUGUAUUGUUUUUAUAAUAAUGUUUAUUUUUUCAUUUUAUUUUUUUUCAUGUGAAAAAUUUCUACCAUAAAGCAUACUCCGAUUAUCAAGUAUAGCACCUUUUCUGAAAGGAAAUUUUCUCUGAGUGGUAUUUUAAAGAGGUUAUUUAUUGAAAUUCUCAUUAAUAUUUGAGAUAAUGUGGAAAGCCUCUGUCUUUAAGUUAAAGAAGAUUGAAAGAUUAAAAUAAGGUUACCAUUGGCAAAUUGUUUUUUGUUAUUAUUAAGUUUUUAUUAUUUUAAUCUUUUUUAAACAAUCAUUGCUGUCAUAGAAACGCACAUUGUUUUAAUCAUUUUACCAUAUGACAUAAUAUCAUAUAAUGUAUUGUUGACAAAGCAACAUUAUCAACUGAACUCUGCUCAGAAUCAUUUUUUCGUUAGCAAUGGUUUAUCGUUGCUUACAGAUAUAUAUUAAAUUCCCAUCUGUAGCCUGCCUUCCUCACUUCCUACCUACAACAGUGGCUGCACCCAUGUACGUAGUAGGCCCGUCCUUUUUAUAUUUGUUAUUUUAUGGAGUAUUAGUUAAUUUCAAACAACUUUUGUUUUUUCAAAUAUGUAUUGAUAUUAUAAUAUACAGGGUGCCACACAAGGAUUCGACAAAUGCAAUAACUUUUGUUCAAUUAAAUAUUUUUGAUAAUUUUUUUUAAAAAUAAUUAAUAUGCACCUGUACUACAGUUUGUACACAAACAUUUUUUUUUAAAGGAGGAGGACUUAAAAUAAAAAAUUUAAAAUUUCAUUAUAAUUUUUUUAAAUAAAUUCAAAAUAGCCAUUUGGUAAAAUAAAUGUUUAGAACGUUUUUGGUAAUUGAAACUUUUGUUAAAGUAUGGUCUUUUAUUUUAUACAAUUUUUUUGAAGUUUUUGCAAAUGUGAAUAUUACAAUAUUAAAUCAGUUAUUAGCCAGGACACGUGACAGGGAUUUUCUUUUGCAUGAGUUAAUAUUAUCAUAUUAUAGGUAUUAGGUAAUAUCAAUCAAUUAAUAAUGGUAUUUUAUGUUGGUAAACAAUAUUGUUAUGAUUUAAAAGAAAAUUAUUUAAAUUUUCAAAACUUAAAAAAUAGAAGACCAUACUUUAAUAAAAGUUUCAACUACCAAAAACUUUCUAAAAAUCUAUUUUACCAAAUGGCUAUUUUGAAUUUAUUUAAAAAAAAUUAUAAUGAAAUUUUAAAUUUUUUAUUUUAAGUCCCUUUCCCUCUAUAAAAAAAAAUGUUCAUCUAAAAACUGUAGUGUGAAGGCAUACUAAUUAUUUACAAUUAUAUAUAUCAAAAAUAUUAAAUGGAAUAAAAGUUAUUGUAUUUGUUGAAUCCUGGGGGGACACUGUAUACAAAAGAUAAAAUAGCCAAUUCCUGUGUAAUUACCAAUAUAAUAUGAUACACUGUAAAUGUAAUUUAUUUUGUUAAUUUCAUAUAUUUUUAGGAAAAAACUGAUAAGCUUGGCAAAUUGCCAUCGCCAGUUAGUAGAACAAGAAGAUCAAUUACACCAAGUACACCAUCUAAUUCACAAACAAAAAAAUCUCCUGUUAAUGCUAGACCCACUAGAACAUGUACUCUAGUUGAUCGGUCUUUAACAACCAUUGGUAAUAAUUUAUUAUACUUUAUUAAACAAAUUAAUUAUUCAUUUUACUUUUGAAUUAUUAUUUUAUUAGAUAAUUCAGAUUCAGAAAGUGAAUAUUUGAGUAAUAUGGUAAUAACUAAACAAUAUAAUAAGAGAAGCCAAGCACCAAAACCCAUUAAAACUGAAAAUGAAGUACAUGUGAAAACAGAGUCUUUAGAAUCUGCUGAUAAUCAGAAAAAGACAUCACAUCCAAAAACUUAUCCAAGUAAAGAAGUACUUAUGCAACGAAAUGUGCCAAAAAGUUCAAAAUCAUGUGUUUUUAAAGUUCAGAGUAUUAAAAAUGAAAUAUCCAUUCAUUGUGAACAAGUGACUCUUAAUUCACCAAUAGAUUCGAUAAUGCCAUCAUCUUCUAAUAGUACAAAAUCUAAUUUAGACUUUGAAAAUGUUGAAAUUAAACGCGAAAACUGUAGUAAUCUUCAAAAUGAAUCAAAAAUAGCUUCGACUCAUUUGUCACCCAAAGAAAAUUCUGAAACUAAUAAUCAGUCAGUAUCAGAAAUCCCAAAAACAUUUACAUGUCAAUGUCCAUAUGUCAGAAAAAUUGAUACUACAGGUGUUAUACGUGAUCAGUGGUCUUCUGAAGAUGAAGAUGAAAUGGAUUAUCAUAUUCAUUCAAAAGAAUGUGAACAAAAUUUGUUGAAUGAAAAUCCUAAUUUUAAAAUAUCAGGCACUGAUUUUGACCUUAAUAAAAUAAGAUUAGAAAUGAGAGGUCUUAUGCCAGCCUCAUUAAAUAGUCAUUCAGAUAUAAUUCAUAGUUCUACACCAUUCAAUUUAAAUUGUAUUCAACAAAUUAAAACCGAAAUCCCAAAAUCAUUACCAACAGAAGAUGUUUAUGAAUUUAAAGAACCUGAGCUGUGUGAUAUUCAAAACACCACUACUGUAGUUGAGGAAAAAAAUCAUAGAUUUAUAGAAAAUAUUGAUCAACCAAAAUUAUAUAAUUUUGAGAAACCUGUUGAACUUCCAAAAGCUAUUGAAUCUUUUCCACAAUUAGACUUAAUUGUGGAAAAUGAAUCCGUAAUACCAUUUGAAUCUAAUAGCAAUAGUGCAAAUUCAUUUGAUAACAAUGUUGAAAUAGAUACAAAAAUGAUUGUUACAAAUGAAAUAGAAGUUUCUAUUUCUCAGAGUCAAUCAGAACAUGGUUUUUGUGAGUCUGAAAAUAUGGUUAUUAUGGAUUCUACAUACAAAACUGAAAUAUUGGAAAAUUCUAUUGAUGAAUCUUGUCAUAUUGAACUCAGUGAGUCAGAAAUAAAAGAUGAGGUGUUAGAUUUUAGCAUGAAGCCACCUGAAACCCCACCUAGCACUAUUUUCCAUAUGCCAGAAACAAAUGAUUGCGUUAUUGUUGAAGAAGAAGAUUAUGAUGAUGAUGAUGAAACCAAAUUAAUAAUUGCUGAAACUGAUAAAAUUGAUAGUGAAUCAGUUGUUUUUGAAAGUCAUCAUUUUUUAAAUGAGCAAGCUGAAAAUAGUCAAAUGCUGUCAUUACAAUCACAAGGUAUUCAUCAAUUGUCUGAUAUGAAAUCUGAGUAUAUCAUUUCACAUGAUUUAAAAACAGAAACUACAUUACCAAAAGACACAGACGAUGAAAGUACUGUUUCCUGUAACGAAAGCAUACAAAAUGCUUUAAUUCAAAGUUUUCAAAUGUAUUCACAUUUUGAAAAUCAACCUUAUAUGGAUAAUGAUGAUAGUACUAAAUCUGGAUAUGAAUUUGAAUUGAGUUCAAAAUCACCAACCACAGAAAAUGUUGAAGCUGUAGUUAAUGAAUUUAUUAACAAUACUGAUAAUCUUAAUGAAUAUGAUUUAAAAGACUUACAAAUAAAUGAAAUAAAUGAUAAAUCUGAAAGAGAAUAUAACAACAUUCAUCCAGAAUUACAAUGCAGAGAAGAAAUAGUGGAUGAUGAAUCUUUCAAUAAUGCUUUAGUUAUUGAGUAUUGUCAAAAAUCUGCAGAAUAUGAUAUUCAUAAGUCUAAUGAUAGUAAAGAUUUUUUUGACUCUAUUCAACAACCAGUUUCUAACGAUGGUUUGUAUGAAACUGAUAAUUAUAUUGAUAUUAAAACUAGUUUCUUUGAUGAAAGACAAACUGAUAUAGUUAAAAGUGUUAUUUUUGAUAAUGCACCUAUCAGGAGCGAUAUAUAUGAUGGUAACAUUCCUACUAGCAGCAGUUAUGGCCAUGUUCUAAGUACUAAUGAAAACAGUAUUUAUGACAACCCCAUACCAGGUUCUAGUAAAAGCUGUUUCAGUCCAGAGGCUGAUGUUAAUAAUGUACUAUUCUGUGAAGAAACUAUUCCUGGUAGUCCAACUGGAUUAACAGAAGAACAAUUUGAAGCACAAAGAAAAAUACUCAUGACACAAGAUGAAGAAAGAGAAGCUGCCACAACUAUGUAUUCUAUGAAUCAAUCAUACCACAGAUCAUUGUUAGCUGCAGCUAAUACAAAUAAUCAAGCAGACCAAUAUAUAAAUGUUAUCCCAAAGUAAUUUUAUUAAUUUAUUUUAUAGUUAAUUUAUAAGUCUCAUUAUUACUAUUCAGUAUGUCCCAAUUGAUAAUUAUCUCAUAUUUGUUAUGAUAAACCAUUGCAGUUUGUUUUUCAUUACAUUAAAAAUGGGACAUUCUGUAAUAUGAUGAAUAAAAUUAAUAACAUUUCAAUAUUUACAGAGAAGAGGUAAUUGAUCAAACACAUUUAGAAUUCUUAGCUGAGGUUUCUAGUAGAAAUCCUAGUAUAGAAAUAAAAACCGAAAAUCUAGUAACAGAAUCUGAAACAAUUAUCCGGGGUAAAUAUUAAAUUUAUUAAUUAUUUUUAAUAAUGUUUUAAUGAAAUAGUAUAAUUUUUUACAGAGAUAAAGACUGAAGAAAAAUAUCAUACAAGGCGUAAAAACAGUAAUUAUGAAUACCCAACUUCAUCAAAACGCAAUAAAACUGCACAUGUAGUCUCAAGUAUAGGUUUGUUAUUGUAAAAAUAAUUAAAUAAUUGAAACAUUUAUCUUUAUUUACGUUUUAAAUAACUACUUAUGUUAAUUUACUUACAGAUCUUUUCCCAAAACUUUCUGAAACGAAAAUACCUAUGAAAGAUGGAAAACCAUUAAUUGCAUUUAGUAAAUAUUCAAUAUUUAUAUCUCUUUUUUAUAGUUUUCAAUCUUUUGAUUGGUCAAGGGCAGCCGGCUUUGCUUCUCUAUCAUAACUCAGCUUUUCUAGCUCCCAAUAACUUAUCACUAACCAUGUUACAUAUUCCAUGCUUGGACUUUUUUUACCAGUUUUAUCAUCCACUUAGUCUUCAAUAAACUAUCAUGGCUCAAUUUAUUAUCUAACAUAUUACUUAUGGUAUUUAACUUAAUAUAAUAUAGAAUAAUACACAAUGUGUUUGUUAUGUUAAACUUUGAAAUGAAUCAUAAAUACAUUUGAAUUGAAGAUGGAAAUUUUUUUCUGUUCAAUAUAUUUUUGUUUUUUUUUUUAUUUUGAAAGAACUAUCUAGGAUAAUAGGUUAAUACCUUGCACAAUGAUUUUAAAACUAAAAAUCACAAAUUUAAAUCUGUUUAUAGGAAAAAUGAAUUUUAUGAUUUUUAGAGUAAACAAAAAUAAGAAUUCAAAUUUGUGCAACUUCAAUAUUGUUUCAAAACAAAUUUAUAAAAUGGCUCUUUUUAAUUUUAUUGUAUAUUUGAGAUUUUUUGACACUUAGUUUAUUAUAUAUUAGCAAUUUUUGUUUAAAAAAAUAUAUUGACAUAAAGUGUUAAUAAGUUUUAUUUAAGCAAUUACUUAGUUUCGGCUUAUGUCAUCAUCAGGUUGCUUGUUAUACAGUCGUUUACAUAAACAAUUUAUAUUGUUCCUUUUUAAAUUGUUUAUUGUGGGUCGGCCACCUUCCUCUUAAACUUCCACUUGAAUUGUUCCCCCAUAACAUCCUCACAUAUGCCAUUCUCAUUUAAUUCUCAUAACUACCUAACCACCUCUUUUUUAGCCCCCCUCUUUCCUUUUUUAUCAGUUAUCAUUAAAAUUCUUACUGCUUCUGAUUCGACUUUUCUCAAGACAUGUCCAAACUAUCUCGGUCUUAUUUUCUCUUAUUUUGCCCACUUUUAAAGCCAUACCAAAGCUACCUCUUAUGUAUUCAUUUUUUAUCCAAUUUUCUCUCAUCACUCCACUCAUACACCUAAGCAUUCCCAUCUUUGCUACACUCAUUCUUGUUCUAUUUUUUUUGUUAACCACAGAACACUCUAACCCAUACAACAUAGCCAGUCUUACCAUACUUUUUUAUAACUUACCUUAAGCUGCAUUCUCAUUUAAAACACCUGUUACUUUUCUUUAUAUAAUUUAAUCACACUUAAUCCUAUGUUUGACAUCCUUUUCAAAGAUACUGUUUUUUUAAACAAAAAACUUAGGUAUUUAAAAUUCAAUCUUGUCACUUAUUGUCAUUAGCUGUCUUGUUCUGUUCCUCCAAAUUCAUACUAUAUAUACUCUGUUCUAUUUCUACUUAUCAUUAGUCUCUUUCCUUCAAGUGUUACUCACUAUAAUUUUUCCAGAUUUUCUCCUAUUAAAACUACCUAUUUUUCAUCUACAAACAUCAUGGUGUAUGCACCAUGGUACAAAUUAUUACAAGGAAAAUACUAUAUAUGUAACCAAAGAUUAUUUCAUAUUUCAGAUCUCCAUAAGACCUAGUAUUUAUUACCAUUUUUGGAAUUAAUAUUUGAUAUAAUUUAUAAUUUUAGCGGCAUGCAUGAAUAGUCAACAACGGCAAACUUUAAUUUUAGCCAAAAUCAGUGAUCUACGCAAGGAAUAUGGUUCUAUUAAAUCUCGUUUAUCUGUAAUAGAUCGAAGAAGAAAAAGAAUUAAAAAACGAAGAAGAGAAUUAUUAAAGCUUGGUAUUAUGAACUAAAAUAAACCUUUGGCAUCUAAUAUAGUUAAAAAAAAAGUAACUUAAUUGAUUUAAAUGGCAGUCAUCUGGUUAAUAUAUUAUGAUUUAACCCAUUAUAGUCUUCAUUUUUGAGGCAAUAGUUUUUAUAGUAAUAUAUAUUAUAUUUAAAAAUUAAGUUUUUUUUAUUAAUAAUUAUAAAAUUAUAAUUAAGUCAUAGUUGAUAUACAAGUUGUUAAAACAAAGUCAGGAACUUCUUGUAAUUUAUUUCAUUUUAUUUGUUUGUGAGUUAUUGAAAUAUUUCUUAAUGUUUAAUUUAUAAUCAAUUUUCUGAAAUAAUUUAUAUAUUUAAAAUAUAAAACUUAUAAUUUCUUCUUGUGUUUGUGGUUUUAGUGUUUUAAUUUUAAAUAAUUAUAUGUAUUCAAUAAUUUACCAAAUUAUUUAGUUUUUUUUAGUAUUCAUUUUUUAAUCCAACUUUUGAUUUGAACUUUUAUAAAUUGAAUAUUUUCAAAUCCUAUACAUUUAAUUAAUAUUACAUCUUUCCAAAUUGAUUUGACUUAGGAGUUUAAAAAUAAUAAUCGAUUAUAAUAUUGAACUAUGUACUUUUAAUAAAUAUACACUAUUAAUUAUUGAUAAGAAAAGCAUUCUACUUUUUAAAUGUUUUUAGCAUUAAAUCUUUUGCAACGGGAUAAUUUAAUCAAAUGUGUGAAUAAUUAUUAAUCUCUAUUAUACUUGGAUGAAGAUUCUUUUGUGAUUUAUUAUAUUUCAUUUCUUAUUAUAUUAAUGAUUGUGUCUAUUUAUUUUUAUUUUAUUUAACAAUAAUUAAAUGUCAAUGGUUUUACUAGUAUUUGUAUACAUAUAUUAUUCUUAAGAAAUAAAUUAAUGAUUUAUAAUCAUAUAUUUUGGAAGAACAUAUUACAAUUAUUUAUUAGCAUUAUAUUCAUAUAUAUACAUUAUUGUUUAAUGUGUAAUCUUACAUUUAUUCUUAAUAUUAUUAUAUGUUUGUGGUUUAAUUUACUUAAUUAUGUAGCUUUAUGAAAUAAGUACUCAUAUUUUGAAAUACAAAUUAUUUAUACUUAUAUUUAAAUACAC